AUGGGACUUUCCCGCUGGCUCAGGGUGGGCUUCGCGGCGGAGGGCAUCAAUGGCGAGUACCGCGAGAGCCGCCUGAAGGAGCUCAUGGUGAACGACCGGGAGAUCUACCUGGAGAAGGCCGACUCGACGGAAAUGAGGCACUUCCUGUAUUGGUCCAAGGUGGAGCAGCGAUGGAAGGGCACUCUCUAUAGCAACCUGCAGCGAAUUCAGGGGGGCAAGCAGUCGGCCAUCAUCGGCGCGCCGCAGAUGGCGGAUAUCUUGGACUGUGCGCUCUUGAAGGGCUGGCACGAGUGGACCGGAGCUGACUGGGCGUACCGGCCGAACGCGGGCGUGGGAGCGCUGGGGGUGUGCUCCGAGCUGGUGGUCAAUAACAAGGCGUUGGACAGCGUCGACGACAAAAAGAGGAAGCGAUCCGAUGAGGCGCCCCGCCGCGUCCAUAGCCGGGAGGAGUUGAUCAAGGAGGUGUUCGCCCACUUCGACACCAACAAAGACGGCAAGCUCAAAGCCAAGGAGAUGCUCGCCUUUGCCAGCUCUGUGGGCUUCGACGGCACCGAGGAGGAGUGGCAGGAGGAGUAUCGCCUCAUUUGCGAGGGCUUGGGCCGGAGUCCUGACGAAGGCAUCGACGAGGUGUCGUUCCUGAGGCUAGUCAACGAGGACACGGAUGAUGGCUGCUAUUGCUCCGACAAGGAGCUGGCUGGAAUGCUGGGCCGCAAGUGGCCGCCGCCCCGAGUAGUGUCCUGACAUCUGACGCGGCGAGGCCUCAUCUUCCGGUCUCCUGACACCCGCGCCAACGGCUCGCCCUUUGCCAAGCCACGUGGCCCGCUGUCCUUGUUCCCAGACAUGCGCC